UGAAAUGCAUCGUGCGGUGCAUCUCGCGAAAGUGUAAACACACCGUGUUUGUUUUCGUAGACUUCCAGACAGAUUUUUUCCCAAGAAUUUGCUAGAUUAAGCCAAAAUUUCUAUUGUUUUUAGUCACAAUCGAGUCAAACGACGAUGGAUGACCCUUCCGAUUUGUCCGAUUGCUUCACCUGCAUGCGAAAGACGGACAACUUCCUGCGCAUCUGUGACGAAGCGAACAUCGAAAGCGUCGAUCGGAUCCUGGCCAGGCAUUUCUGGUUCGAGCGAAAAGAGUACGAGCUGUCGGUUUUGUGCACCAGCUGCUGGGAGAAGAUCGACGAGUUCCACAAAUUUUACUGCGAAGUGGCCAAUGUCCAUCAAGUGGAUGCGCUGAAUUUCGUCAAAGUCGAAGGCGAGGAGACGAAGAAAAAGCGUGGCCGGAAACGCAAAAAGGCGGUUGAGGAGGAGCAGGAAGAUGAUGACGAGGAGUGGAAGCCGCCGGCCGUUGAUUUAGGGUUUCCCGUUCCAGUGCACGUUAAGCUUGAAGUAACGGAACCGGACCUCGAGGAACGGGAAGUUUUUGCGGUGGAACAUCAGCAGAUAAAGCGGGAAACUGUGGCAGCAGAGUCGGAGGAUGACGAUGAUGAAAGUGAAGAGGACGACGAGGAGGAAUCAGAUGAGGAAUCGUCGAAGCCGAUUGCGGCAAGACGCCGACAGGUGAAGAAACCAAGGCGAAGAGGUCGUCGAUCCACUCAGGGACAGAAGGAUGCGGUUAUUUUACAGCAUUUGGAAAAGUUGGGAUGCGAUCAGUGCAGCGAGGAAUUCGAUAGCUUCGGAAAGCUGGAAAAGCACUGCCGUCAGGAGCAUGAUUCGGCGCCCAAUGUGGUUUGCUGUAAUAGGGCGUAUCAGAAGCUGAACGGGCUUUAUCAGCAUGUGUGCCGGCACAAGAAUCUGUUCAAGUAUCGUUGCAAGGAAUGCGACAGAUGCUUCAAGAACGUGGAUGGGUUAAACAUGCACAAUUUGUUGCAUCACACGCCGGAAGAAGAGAAACGGUUCAGGUGCCAUCAAUGUGACACGGCCUUUGCAUCGGAACUGCUUCUGACGAGUCACCUCAACUGGCACGCAACCGUGGAACCGAAAAACAUCAUUUGCCACAAGUGCAAUAAGUACUUCACCAACACUAAAAUGCUGGAGAAUCAUACGUUGACUCAUCAUCCGGAGUUGCUCGAUCCGGAAGCUUAUCAAACGGAACCGGAAGCCGUCAAUUAUCUACAAGAGCAACACUCAGUGGAUGAAUCCCAGAUCCCGGAUGGAGCUGACUCAUCCUUUAAAAAGCCUCAAGAACUAGCCAAGCCAAUCCGUCGAAAAACCACCGAAGAAUCGGUCGUCGAAGACGACCUAAUCCGCAAAUACUGCUCGCUAAACUGCGAAUCAUGUGACUUCAUAGGCCCCACCUUCAGCAAACUCCAAGUCCACUACAAAAACGAACACGACGCCCAGGGCUUCGCCGUCUGUUGCGCGCGGAAGUUCAGCAAGAAGAGCCGUCUGUACGAGCACGUUUGCGUCCACGAGAACCCGGACCACUUCAAGUGCCAGGUGUGCGCCAAAACGUUCCAGAACAGCUUCGGCCUGUCGAACCACAUGAUGUGGAAGCACACGCCCGACUCGGAGAAACCGUUCCGGUGCGACGUGUGCGGCAAUCGCUUCUGGAAGGACUACCUGCUGAAGCAGCACAUGGAGUACCACCUGGCGCUGGAGGAGAAGAAGUACGCCUGCAAGGAGUGCGAUCGGUUCUUCGGGACGAGCCUGCUGCUGAAAUCGCACGAGCAAACCGUGCACGGUCUCAGUGCCAGCUGGGUGUGCGACAUCUGUGCCAAGGGUUUCCCGCUGAAGUCGGCGCUGGAGUUCCACCGGCAGCAGCACACCCAAGAGGGACGGGCGGCCCAGAAGGCCCAGUGCAAGUACUGCAGCCUGUGGAUGAAAAACGUGCGCAGCUUGCGGAGCCAUCUGAAGCGCUGCAAGUCCGACCCGGUCAGUUGCGACAUCUGCGGCAAGGAGUGCUCCAAUGCGUUCUCGCUGCAAAGUCACAAGAAGUUUGUCCACUCGAACGCCCCGAUGUACUCGUGCUCGUUCUGUGCGAAACCGUUCAAGCGAUUGCUCCGGUUGAGGGAACACGAAGCAGGUCACACCGGAGAUCUGUUGUAUAAAUGUGAAUACUGUCCCCGAACGUGUAACUCUAGCUCCAACAUGUACACCCACAAAAAGGUUGCUCAUCCGGAGCAGUGGGCGGAAAAGGUGGCCAGUCGCUUCCAUAAACGGUAGGAAGGCAAGCAACCAAGCAGUCAGUGGGUAAGUCGAAUUAAGUCACAUUGAGUAGAGUAUAGGUAAUUUAUAUAAAGAUCUGCUAUUGAUUGUAAAUUACGUGUUGACGGAGCUAGGAGUUUUACUAUUGAUGACCUUCCCAAGAGAUACUCAUGAGAGAAGUGUCGAUUAGGUGGCCAUCUUCAUCGAGAAUUAAUCGAAAAACAGAUUUCAAGAAAAUGAUAACUUUAUUAAAACAAAA